UUUCUCUGUACUUCAUCAUUUCUGCGAAAUUCACGAACUGGGUCGUUCUAAUCUAAGUGAGAGGUGUAAUGUUACGUGUUUAAUUAGGCAUCUAGUAUGGCUUUCUGCACCAAACUCGGUGGUCACUUGAAACAUGGGGUUAUCCAAAACAGAAAUGUUCCAGUGACAUCAAUGCUCGGUUCUCUCCGCUACAUGUCCACUAAACUUUAUAUUGGUGGUCUAUCACCCGGAACUGAUGAGCAGUCCUUGAAGGACGCUUUCUCUAACUUCAAUGGAGUGACAGAGGCAAGAGUCAUGACAAACAAAGUGACUGGGAAGUCUAGAGGUUAUGGAUUUGUUAACUUCAUAAGUGAGGAUUCUGCCAACUCUGCUAUUUCAGCAAUGAAUGGACAGGAGCUGAAUGGGUUUAACAUCCGUGUAAACGUUGCGAAAGAUUGGCCAAGUUUACCAUUGUCUGUAGAUGAGAGUAUAGAAGAAGCUGAGAAGAAAGACAAUAAAAUGGUGAGCCGAUCUGUAUGGAAAGAUCCAUUCGUUGACGCAUUCCUGAUGAAGAAGAAAAAUGCAGCACUGAACAGGAAAAUAUGGUCAAGAAGAUCAACGAUUCUGCCAGAGUAUGUUGAUUCGGCGGUGAGAAUCUACAACGGCAAAACUCAUGUGCGUUGUAAGAUCACAGAGGGGAAAGUUGGGCAUAAAUUCGGAGAGUUUGCGUUUACAAGAAAAGUGAAGAAGCAUGCUAAAGCAAAGUAGUUUCUUCUUAAAAUGAAUUGGUCAGCUGCUUGAAAGGAUUGUGUUGAAAAGCCAGAAACGAAUCGAAUCAAUAAAAAUUCUUAACAGGUAAAACUCAUUAGCUCACAUGAUCAUGUAGACGAAUAUUAAGGUUUAGUUUUGUUGUCUUCUCUGUAUUUGUGGACCACAAAGUGCCUAAGUUAUUUUGGAAUCAAUUAUGGUUCUUAAAUGCAUCUCCUUAGUGCUUGUUGAAGCGGUCUUGAUCAAGAACUUGUAUUGUCUCCAUACAGAAGUGAGCUAAUGGGUCCAUUUUGAGUA